AUGGCGUCAGAACCAUUGGUGACCCACAUGUACACAGCAGAUCCCUCGGCGCACGUCUUCGACGGCAAGAUAUACAUAUAUCCAUCUCAUGAUCGAGAAACAGACAUCAAAUUCAAUGACAAUGGCGACCAAUACGACAUGGCGGACUACCACGUCCUAUCACUCGACGACGUCGGCGGCCCCGUAACCGACCACGGCAUUGCCCUCAAAAUGGAAGACGUCCCUUGGGUAUCCAAACAACUAUGGGCGCCCGACGCCGCGACCAAGGACGGGAAAUACUACCUAUACUUCCCCGCCCGCGACCAGGAGGGAAUAUUCCGCAUCGGCGUCGCGGUCAGCGAUAAACCCGGCGGCAUAUUCACUCCGGACCCCCAACCCAUCCUGGGAAGUUAUAGCAUUGAUCCCGCUAGCUUCGUCGACGACGACGGCCAAGCGUACCUCUACUUCGGUGGCAUCUGGGGAGGGCAACUCCAAUGCUGGUCUUCGGACAAAUUCGACGCGUCGAUGUCCGGACCCCAGGAACCUAAGGGAACCGGCGUCCCUGCUCUCCUUCCCCGCGGCGCCAAACUGUCUGACGACAUGCGUUCGUUCGCGUCUGAGGUCAAACAGAUACCGAUCCUGGACGAAUCGGGCACGUUAUUGGCCGCUGAUGACCAUGAUCGCCGCUUCUUCGAGGCGGCCUGGAUGCACAAGUACCGUGGGAAAUACUACUUCAGCUACUCCACCGGCGACACGCAUUACUUGGUAUAUGCGAUCGGGGAUAAUCCGUUUGGGCCGUUCACGUAUGUGGGACGGAUUUUGGAGCCCGUUCUGGGAUGGACGACGCACCAUAGCAUCGUCGAGUUUAAGGGGAGAUGGUACUUGUUUUAUCAUGAUUGCUCGCUGAGUAAUGGUGUGGAUCAUUUGAGGUGUGUGCGGAUGAGGGAGAUUGUGUAUGAUGAUCAAGGACACAUUUCGCUCAAGGAGAAGCAGUGA